AUCUCGCAUUAGCAUUAGCAGCAGCAGCAGCAGCAGCAGCAACAACUCAACGGUGGGACGAUGCAUCGGCAUAUGGAAGCCUGAAAUGCUCAGCUCGGCUAACUUGCUAGAGUGAACCUUGCUGUUCUCACCUCCAAUUUUCUUGCUCUAUUGCCGGGCUUCAUACGCUCGUUUGUUUGUUUGUUAACUUGCCCCGUUUGCUUCCUUUUUUCCCUUCCUUUCUUUUCCCUCUUUUGUAGCUUCCUUUUCCUUCCACUUGCUUCGAGUUAUUGCUCAUCGAAAUGUCUCAGAACACGUGUGCCAACCCAUUGUUUUUGGAGUGGGUCAAAGAAUGGUGGGAAACGGCCAAAGAGCGCAACUCGAAGGGUGUCACCACCUACAAGCACGCCUACGAUUCGCUCAAAGCUUGUCCCAUCGCCUUUGAGCACCCCGCGUCUCUUCAACAACUGAAGGGCUUCGGACCGAAACUGUGCGAGCGUCUUACCGAGAAGCUGAGGGCACACUGCGAGGAAAAUGGCUUGCCCAUGCCUCCUCAUCCAAACUCCAAGAAGCGAGCCGGCAGACCUGCAGCUGUCCAAAAUGGCGCUGAAGAAGAGUCCGAGCGGCCGGCAAAAAAGGCAAAGAAGGCCAAGCCAUACGUGCCAGCCUACCGCUCCGGGGCGUAUGCACUCAUCCUUGCACUCUCAAAGCCAGGCCAGGAGGUCGUAGGGAUGCCCAAGGCUGAGCUAAUACACGAGGCUCAGCCGUACUGCGACUCCUCGUUUACGGCGCCGAGCGAUCCUGGCAAGUUCUACACGGCAUGGAAUUCGAUGAAAACGCUGUUACAGAAGGAGCUGGUCUACGAGCGAGGCCGGCCUUUGAAGCGGUAUGCCCUGACGGAUGAAGGGUGGGAGGUGGCCAAGAGGAUACGGGAAACCGCUGUUCCCACCGCCACCGCCACUACCACUUCAAGUCUAUCCGCCGCAGCUUCCGGGUCCAGCAGACCAAAUGCGCUGCCUUCGAUGGCUCCGUCAACACUCCCUGAGCCCAUUACCAUCGACGAUGAUGGGGAGGACGACAAGGACGUCGCGUCUCCUCAACCACCGGGGGACUUGGAUUUCAAGAAUGUAGUGGCUGAUGGGGCCAUCGUAACUGGGGAUACGGCGCUGCCGAAUUUCACUCCCAUCAGGCUAGCUCCCGGCACCUUCACCGUGGAACUGCUCCUGGACAACCGGGAGAUCAGAGCUAAAACAGUCCGAGAGUACAUGCAGGAGGAGCUAGCAAAGCGAGGGGUAAAGCCUAUUGUGCGCUCUCUGGAGCUGGGAGACGCUCUGUGGGUCGCGCGGUGCAAACAGCCGGGCUGGCUGGCUCGUAUGGGCGCAGAAGGGGACGAGGUGGUGCUCGAUUGGAUUGUCGAGCGAAAGAGGCUAGAUGACCUUGUAGGCUCGCUCAAAGACGGCCGUUUCCACGAGCAGAAGUUCCGGCUCCGGCGGUCGGGAGUGAAGAACGUCAUCUACCUCGUGGAGGAGGUCAGGGUGGACGCGACGCAUUUCCAGAAGUAUGAGGAGGCGGUUCAGUCGGCCAUGGCGUCGAUGCAGGUGGUUGACGGCUACUUCCUGAAGCGGACGCAGAAAAUGGACGACACAAUCCGGUAUCUGGCGUCUAUGACCAAGAUGCUCAAGUCAGUGUACGAGGCCAAGACGCUGUACGUGAUACCUACGAGCGUCCUGACUACCAAGAACUACCUGCCUCUGCUGAAGCACCUCCGCGAGACGCGACCAUCGGCCAGCCAUCACAUCAGCUAUCCGGCGUUUGCUUCGCUCGCUUCCAAGUCGCAGAACAUGGCACUGCGGGACCUGUUUCUGAAAAUGCUGAUGUGCACCAAGGGCGUGACCGGAGAGAGGGCGAUCGAAAUCCAGAAAGUCUGGAAGACGCCCUACGACUUUGUCAAGGCCUUUGAGCAUUGUGGGCCGGGCGAGGAGGGAAAGAGGCGCAAGAUGGACCUUGUUGCCAAUAGGCUAGGGCAUCUUGUCGGGCGGAAGAAGAUAACCAAGUCCGUGAGCCAGAAGCUGGCAGAGGUAUGGGGCGAGGCAUGAUGUAUUGAACAUGUACUCUUCCUCGUAGAGAUUUGAUCACACACGGUUAUCUAGAUACCCAAUCAUAACAGCCAAAUGUCAAU